UACUUCAGUUAGUAUAAUAUCUUCAAGGAUCAUCCAUGUUGUCGGAUGCAUCAGAACUUCAUUCUUUUUUUUUCCAAUUUAUUUAUUCUUUUUCGUGGCUGAUACUAUUCCAUUGUGUGCAUAGACCACAUUUGGUUGAUCCAUUCACCUGUCGAUGGACUCCUGGGCUGUCCCCACCUCUUGCUCUCGUGAAUAAGGCUGAAUGAACGCUGGGUUUCAGGUGCCCGAGUCCCUGCUGUCCGUUCUGUUGGGUGCAGACAUAGGGUUGGGACUGCUGGGUUGCUCGGGAAUUUCAUAUUUAACGUUGUGAGGAGCCUGCAAAUGCUGCUUGCCCCCAUGCUCUCAUCCCCUGAGAGGAUAGUGGCGUUUUCACCUGACCUGUGAUGACAUCAUCAUCCUGGGGUCGGGGUGCUUGCUGGCAGCGAAGCCCCUGGCUAGGGCCUCUGGGGUGCUCACUGGGCUGGGUGCAGGCAGGAAAGCCCUGCAGUGGGGCCUGGGUCUGACUCCUGACGAGCUGUGCAGCCCUGGGCUGGUUGCUGCCCACUCUGAGCCCAGUUUCCCCAGUGAUGAGAUGGGUGAACACUGGGACUACAUCUCAGGAUGGUCGUGGGGUUCAGAAGAGCUGCUGGAUCCAAAAGUGGGCUCGGUGGCUUCAUAGGAUGGCAGGCCGCGAGGAAGGCUGUCACCGGGGGCUGGCUCAGGCCGUCUGCGGAUGUCGGGGCCUGUCCCGUUCCUGCUUCCUUUGGAAACCUGUGACACGGUCCCUCCUGGGCAUCUGGGAGGCCCUCAGGCUGCCUCAGGGAAAUAAUUCAUAGGCUACGCCCAAUUACAGAAAGAAUCCAGAGCCGGUGGCAACACUCGGCACAUUUCAGUGGUAAAAUCUUUCUAGCUCUGUGCGGUGGCCGCGAGUGUGAGGGGAGGGUUGGGGAGAGCAGAGAGCGCCUCGGCAGGGCCGUGUGACCCGCAUCCAGAAACAAAAACAGGCUGGCGGGAGGCACGAGGGCUCAGCAGCUCCAGAGAGCCGCCGGGAAGCGGGCACCACCCCCUUCUGCAUGCCCCACCGGGCCCGAGUGCCGUGCACAUUUUACCUGGGAGGAAACCGAGGCACAGAGGGGUUAGAGGUCAGAGGGCCACGUUUAUGCCACAGCCGAGGCUGGCGUUCAGGGGUCCACGCCUCCGGGUUCCUCGUGUGCUUCUCCCGUGCCCGGCCCCGGGAUGGGGCUGACUGCUGGGAGCUCACAGCCCACCGACCACUCCUGGGCUUGAGCUUCCUGAAGGCCUGCUUGCAGCACGUGUGCGUGCAAAUGCACAUGCACAAAUAUGCACACAUGUAUACAGCACACAUGUUCACGCAUAUACACACGCACAUGUUCACACACAAAACGCACGCCCAGCACACACUACACGUGAUGAACAAACGUGCACACAUGCACAGCAACCCAAACAUGCAUGUGCCCACACACCAGACACGUAUGAGCACACAUGCACACAAUAGCUUCACACGCACAUGUACAAAACACACCAACACAUGCACAAACAUGCUCACACACGCAGCUCAUGCCACCUCUGCUCAAAGCCGGGCUGUGGUCCUCCAGUUUGCUCAGACUAGAGGCCGCAGCUCUUCAGGGCGGCUCCAGGUGCUGAGGCCGAGGCCCCGCCCCUCUGCCCCCUCCCCCUCCCCACCCCUCCCCCCACCCCUGCCCCCUCCCGCCUCCCCAGCUGUCCCACCGCAGCCCGGCCUCCGUGCGCCUGUUCUCCUCUUGCCCUGGGUCUCUGCCAGCCACCCCUCACCUCCUUGGCUGGGUCUUUGCUGGGUGGGACCCCUCCUUCUGCAGGAGGCCCGCUCUGCCCCAGGCCCCACUCCGCCUCUUCUCUCUCUCCCUGGCUGCCUCAGAUCUCUGGAAUUUUUUUUUUAACUUUUAAUUUUGAAAUAAUUUCAAACUUACAAGACAGCUGCAAAAAUAAUGCAAACCCCGAACAGAGAAGCCCAGCACCCCCGUCCCUUCGAGAAUUGAAGCUCCGCGAGGCCAGGCCCCGCUGUCUGGUUCAUCUGUGAUGUUUGCCCAGCCCGGGCCCAGCGUCCGGCAUCUGGAGGCUGCUUGCGAGCUGCGCAUUGAGCGGAUAAGUGCCGGACAACACGAGCAUCCACUGCCACCAGCCUGACAGCCUGAGAGAAGGUUCCGGAAGAGGUCCUGGCCAUCCCCGGGGGGUUCAUGAGUGGCAGAAGGCACCCCCCGAGGCCCCGCCAUGCUGCAGUGCCGCCACGCCGAGGAGCUCAGCUUUGGGCCCCGCGCCCUGAAGGACGCCCUCGUGUCCGGCGACGCGGCCCUGCAGCGGCUCUACGCCUCGGCCUUCUCGCCCGCCGAGAGGCUCUUCCUCGCCGAGGCUUACAACCCCCAGAGGACGCUGUUCGGCACCCCACAGAUCUGCUCGGCCUUUGACUGGCUCCUGAGCCGCCCCGAGCCCCCCGAGGACUUCCAGACGUUCCACGAUGCCCUCGUGCCCAGGAAGCAGGGCCAGGGCCCCCGGCACAUCUACCUGCAGCCCAUAGAUGCGCGCGAGGGGCCGGUGGGGGGCUCCCUGCUGGACGGUCUGCGGGGCUGCGCCGAGGCCUUCUUCCUGGGCCUGCGAGUCAAGUGCCUGCCCUCGGUGGCCGCCACCGCCAUCGGCUGCCGCUCGCGCCCCAGCCGGGACCCUGAGCACCUGCAGCUGCACACGGAUGGGAUCCUGUCCUUCCUGGAGAGCCACAAGCCGGGGGACGCGCUGUGCGUGCUGGGCCUCACGCUGUCCGACCUGUACCCCUGCGAGGCCUGGGGCUUCACCUUCGGCAAGUCCCUGCCGGGGCAUGAAGUGGGCGUCUGCAGCUUUGCCCGGUUCUCGGGGGAGUUCCCACAAUCGGGGUGCAGCACCUGUGACUCCAGCCCGGCCAAGGCGGCCACUGACAGCCCCAAGAGCCCCGUGCAGGGCGGAGGCCGGAGCCCAAGUUACAGUGCCCUGGGCCUGGUGCAGUGCUGCCAGGCCACCUGCCACGAGCUCUGCCGCCUCCUGGGCCUGGGGCACUGCCGCUGGCUGCGCUGCCUCAUGCAGGAGGCCCUCAGCCUGGACGAGACCCUGCGGCGGCCGCCCGACCUCUGCCCCAUCUGCCUGCGGAAGCUGCAGCACGUCCUGGGCUUCAGGCUCGUCGACAGGUACAAGAAACUCCAGGCCUGGACCGAGGCCGUGGCGGGGACGUGGCCGAGCCGGGAGGCAGGCGCGCUGUCCGCGUCGGAGGACACCCUGCCCUGCAGCUGCGACUCGGGCUGCGAGAACGACUCGGAGGCCACCAGCAGCCUGUCGGAGCCCCUCAGCCCCGACGCGGGGAGUCCUGAGCUGGAGCCCGAGGAGGGGCUGAGCUCCCUGGUGGACGUGGCGCCCACGGAGGCUGUCCGGGAGCACGGGCUGUGGCUGGCGGCCUGCAUCCGGGCCCUGGAGAGGCAGGUGUCCGAGGAGGAGCUGGCGCAGGUGGACCGGGCCGUGGACGCCCUUGCCCGCUGGGACAUGUUCACGGGGCGGCUCCCGGCCGCCAGGCAGGAUGUCCCCUGCAGCAGGGACAGUGCGGGGCUGCGCAAGGUGCUAGGGGACAAGUUCUCCUCCUGGAAGAAGAAGUUCAGCACACGGAAGCCACCCAAGGCGGAGCCCCCCACCUGCCGCUGGGAGCCGGAGGAGAACUAGCAGGGCCAGGAAAAGAAAGAGAUUCCGCCACCUGCCCUCCUGGCCAAGGGCACUGUGGCCCCACCAGCCUUCUAGAGAAGCGGACGCAGGCGGCCUCUCGCUGCCCCCGCCUCCAGGCCCUGGACCCCAGCCUCAGAGCCCCUCGCUGCCUGCAAGCACGUGCUUGCCCUGUCCAGGUUGGGGCGUUGGGUUAUUUAUAGCCGGGAGCUCAAGAGGAGGGCGCCGUGGACACGAGUGACCCUGGGAACACUUGGGCUCAGCUUCCCAGGCCGAGAGCCAGGCCUCUGCUCAAAGGGGAAACGUUGGGGUUUUGCUCCUAACCUAAAAUGUCUACCCUUAAAAAAAAAUGCCGAAAGGGAGGUGCCGCUCUCUGCAGCACCAAAAGCCUUCUCCCUGGGGCUGGGCGCCUGGCACCUCGAGGCCGGUUUCUGUCGACCAGCGUGGCAGGAAGGAGGCGCCUCGUUUACGGUGUGAGGGCCCCUCUCCAUUCCCCUCAGGCCCAUGCCUGCUGGAGCAAACUGCAGCCCGGUUCUCGGGGGUCUUCUGCCCGGGCCCCUGCGACGGCACGACUCCAUCGAGGUGGUGGGCAGUGCUCCUCUCUGCUGAUCUUUUGCCUAAUUCUGUCGGUUGCUGAGACAGGUGUUGAAAUCUCCACCUGUAAAUGGGGAAUUGUCCAUGUUCAUUUAUUUCUGUCCAGUUUGGCUUCAAGGAUCUUGACGCCUUGGGGUGUACACACAUUUUAUUGCUUUCCGGAUGAACUGACCCUUUUAUCGCCAGAUGCCGUGGUCCGCCCACCACGUCCAUCCCGCAGGGCGAUGGGCGCAGCUUUGUCGUCACCCAGGGAGAGGCAAGCCCUGGGGCAGUGUGUGCGCUUUGUGGGUAGUGUCUGCAAUUUGGGGGCCCUCUUUUAAGAAAACAACACAGAAUACAAAUAUAACAUGAGAAAGGGCUAUGCAAGCGGGGCGGGCCGGCACUUCCUCAUAAAUCUGACUCUGGGCGAGAUGGAGGGGCCCCCAUCCCAGGAAAACGCCAAGGGCUGCAUCUUGGGGACACGAGAUGCAGCUCAAAACCAGAGUUGAGGUGGCAUCAAAACCGCCCAGGAGGGCACGGUGAUGGAAUCAGGAGGGAGGAUGGAGGGCGAGGCUUUCGCAAAGCGAGUCGAGGGGAGCUGGGCCGAGGCCCCACAGCCACAGGGGAGCCAGAAGCCAGGGUCGUGGCUCUCGAUUGCUGUGAAUGGACCACCCCAGACUUGAUGGCGUAAAGCCUCGGCCCUUUAUCCAGCCCAAGCCUGUAACGGGCAGAGCUGGCCGCGGGAGGGCUGCCCUGUGGUUCCCAAGGGUGGCUGGGUGUUCCAAGAGCCCGCCAGGCUGAAGCCGGAUUACCUUUUAUGACAGCCUUGAGGCCGACAGCGUCCCUUCCUGGUACUUUACUGCCCACCCAGGGCCAAGGGGCAGGGAUUGCACCCCUCUGUGAGGCAGUGCCAGGGUCCUGGCAGGGCCCGUGAGGGACGGGGCUGUGGCCACUUACAGAGAAUAACAGGUGCCGGCGGCUGGGUUCGGCUGUCUCCCUGGCUAUGGGAUUUGAACUUAUCUCCAAUUUUCUUUUCCUGUCUUCUGCAGAAGGGCCAUCAUUGGAAUAAUUUACGAUUAAACAGAGCAGCCCGCCUUGGACUGCGGUGGGGGCUCCAGGGGGCAGGUACCUGCUGGGUGAUCGUCACCACACUCUCAGCACGUCCCCGUGUCCCCCGAAAGCCCCAGGCUGGGAAGGGAGCAAACCACUAACAAAAUUCAUCCUCAGUCUUUACCGGGUGCAGAUGGAGCAGUUUUUUAAGAUCACUGGUGGGAGGAGCGUUUUGGAAAUAAAAACUUCUGGGAACCGAGAAGACGGCGUCCCUCUGCUCAGUGUCAGCUCGGGUUCUGCCCGUGACGAGAGCGGCAGUUUGGAACUGAGGCCGAGGAGGUGAUGAGCGCCAGCUCCUCCAGGCAGCAACACUCCCAGAGCUUCCUAAACUCUUCCAGCCCGAGACCUGCCACAGCCGAACAGCACAACCCAG